CAUGUGUUGGUUGUGGCUGUGUACAUAUCCAGUCAUAUAGCUGAUUGAUGACCUUCCUGGAUUUACAAUAAAGGAAUAUUUCCAUCAUUGCUGAUCACGGACUGAUUACUAAUAAUAUUAGAAAUUUGCUCUAAUUAUUAUCCUCUGCAAGCCAACAAGAAAAACUUUAUACUGUCAGUCAGCGAAUUACAAGAUAAAAUGGCCAAUUUAAGAACUAAAUCUUGAAUCAUUAUUAUUUCCGACAGUCUCCUCAGAACCAUUAGACACCCUUGUGUUAAUUCGGGAGUCGGGAUGCUGCGGCGUCCCAAGCCCACGGACAGCGAGGCGGAUCUGCUCCGGGAGCAGCAGGAGCUUCUGGCGGCGGGCGCUCGGUCCUCUGUCUCCGGGGUGAAGCGCGCUGAUAAACGCCGAGGAGACGCGGCUGCAGCUGAUGCACUGGAGCAGGGAAACCAGAGAGAUGUUGUGACUAUAGAAGAUCUUCCAGAUGACCUUCCCACUUUGACCCCUGCACCUCUAAAGAAGUCACGCUUCAAACAGGAGCGGGUGCAUUUUGAAGAUGAGGACCCAGGAGAGCGACUGGACAGACAUGAUACCCACAUCAGUGCUGUCCUGUCUAGAAUCAUUGAGAGGGACACGAGUACGGUACCCGUGUCGCUCCCGUCUAUCACAGGCGCUGCUUUCCCUAAAGUCUUACAUAGAUCUGUAAUGGAAAGUGAGGGGCAGGAAAGAGCUCCUAAAGGAAGAAAAAGUAUUUUUGCACGUCAAAUUGCGGCCCAAAGGUCUAAGAAGGAAGAGACUAGAAAUCAGUGUUCUGCAUCUAGACAUGUGAGCUUCUCUCUGAUGGGGAAUAUGGAGACUGAGCGACCUGAGUCAGAUGUGAUGGACCGUGUUGGUGGCCCUGUGCUACUUACAGGUCAAGGACUAGGGAUUGCAAAUAGUGCCAUGGAGACGAUGAAAAUCCAUGAGGAGAAUCAGGCAAAGUUGCAGGCGAUGUCCCAGAGUGAGAUCCUGGAGGAACAGAGGAAGCUGCUGGCACAGCUUGGCCCUAGAUUAGUAGACUUCGUGAGAUCUCGAGGGGCACAGAGAACCCCGGGAUCUGAGUCAGCAUCUGGGACUGUGCAAAGAGAAGACUUCCUGAAUGAACCUCUGCCCGACAGCACGUCUCCACAGUUAGACCACACAAUAAAAACUCAGGAAUCUCAGGGGAAUACCAUGGAGGAUGAUGAGGAAGAUGAGAAUCAGCUUCUAGCUCAACCUCCAAUUACAGACGAGGAGCUGCCAGUCAAGCCUCAAAAGGAAUGGCUUCACAUGGACAAGGUGGAGCCAGAAAAACUGGAAUGGACAAGAGACCUUCCUGCACCCAGGAAGCAGAGCACCAAAAAGGCUAUGCAAGCACGUUUUGAUUUUGCUGGCUCUCUCAUCCCACCCACCGAAGACGUGCCCACCCAUUUAGGCCUGCAUCACCAUGGAGAGGAGCCAGAGCUGGCUGGCUACUCACUGCAAGAGCUUUUCCUCCUCUCUCGCAGUCAGCUGAACCAACAGCGCAAUCUGGCCGUCAGCACUCUCGCUAAUAUCCUGGCCAAAGCCCGGGCUGGUGAGUACAUUUCCUCUCUAAAGGGCAGCGUCUUGUCUUCUUUAUUGGAUUCUGGAGUCCUCUUUCUUCUGCGGUUCUCCCUGGAUGACAGUGUGGAGGGUGUGAUGUCAGCAGCAGUGCAUGCCUUGCGAGCUCUGCUGGUCUCAUCUGACGAUGAAGAGUGCUUGGAUAAUGCCUUCUCAUGGCUGCUCGGGAUGGCAACCUUUCCUUUACUGCCCACUGCUCAGGAGGAUGAGGAUGAGGAUGAUGAAGGCUUGGAUGAGACCAUGAAAGAAACUGCUAAAGAGAAAGAAGAAAGAAAAACAGAUCAUGAUGUUGCUAGGCAGGAUGUUGUCAAGGGCUUUCUGAAGAUGCAGGGUCUUCCUCGGCUGCGGUACAUCGUGGAGGUGGUGCGGCCCUCUCCCCGGGUCGUUCUUGAUAUUCUGGAGGUUCUGAUCCGAAUCGCUCGCCACUCGACUGCUGCAGCAACACAGAUCCUGGACUGUCCGCGGCUGAUGAACACUGUGAUUUCGGAGUUUCUUCCCUGCUCCUGGGCUCCUGCCACCUCACAGGCUCCGUCCUCUUUGUAUGGGCUCCCGGUUGCCUUGGCGAUGAAGCUGCUUCGUGUUUUAGCAAGUGCUGGGAGGCAUGCUUGUGCUAGAAUACUGAACUCUCUAGGAGGGAAGGAGGUUUUGUCACGUUUCGUGGUUGUGGAACCGUCAGAGAUGUUGCUGGAAGCAGGUGAAGCUCUUCGCUGCAGUACGGAGGCGCUGAGACUGUUCGCAGUGGCUGCCGGCUACGGACAGGCUUGCAGUCUGUACACAGACCUGUAUCCUGUGCUGGUGAAGAGGUUGCAGGCUCGGAACCGGCUGUGUGCUUCAUCUGAGGCUGUGCUGCUUCAGGAGCUGGACCCAAUCAGAGCUCUGCUCGUGCUGCUGACUCGGGUCACUCAGACGGCAGGAUGCCAUGAAGAACUGCAGAGAGACCUAGUCAGUGCUCAGGGUACAGAGUGUCCUCCAGCUCCUCCGGUCGUGUGGAGUCAUGUGACCGGUCUCCAGCCCACUGUCAUCAGCUCUCUCAAGGGCUAUGUGAGAGCACUCGAUGGCCCGGCUCAAAUGUCAAGUGCUCUGAUUCUGCUUCCAUCCUACCUGCUCUACACCGAGGCGUAUUAUUCACAGCUCUGUGUACAAAGCUCUUUCCAGCCGGUACAGUGUCUGCAAGAACUCGAGUCACUAACUUCAGAUGUGCUUCUGCCACUGAUAUCCCAUCAGGCCAUGCAAAAUAUAACCAGCAGCUUUAGGUCCAGCUCUAUUAUCUGUAACCCCGGGCUGAGUGCAGCUGGUGGGGAGGUCAUCUCCAGUCUGCCAGGUCUGGGCUGCUCGAGGAUGAAGACCUCCAGCACAAUGGCAGGGCUCAACUCCCCUCUGCCUCUCCCUACUGCCCUCCUGUACCUGCUGAACACCAUCACCUCCAUCCACAAAGGCUUAAUAAAGAAGUUCAGUCCUCUCAUCCUCUCGGACUCUGUACUGAGUUAUCUGCGGUCUUGUAUCGGAGCCAUGCCCACUGUUUCUCACUCGAGUGCCUGGAUUUUACGCCAUGAGCACCACCUGCUGUAUCUGCUGCUCAGACUGGCUCACAAGCUGGUUCCAGUUGACCCAGAGGUGGCCAAACACGCAGUCUUGUUCCACCAUGUAUCGCUGGCUCUAGUGUCCUGGCUGCUGCCUGGCAGUGAAUAUCUGGCACAUGAACUCAUGUCUGUCAUGACCUUCAGUCACAGCCUCCUUCCGGAGGGUGUCUCUGGUGAACCAGAGAUUGCUGCGUUGGCUGAGCUGCAGCUUAAAGACAGGACUUCACCUGCUGUUGGUGCUCUGCUGCGUGAGGCUCUCCAUCAUUUGCCCUCCAUCCGCGGUUGUUACCUCACCCACCUUGCACACAUGGAAUCCUCUGUUCUUUCAUCCCGUGACCGGUACCUCGGCCGAACGCCUUUUGUCAGCUCUCAUCUCCUACCUGAACUUACUGGCCCCUCCCUGCCUUCUGAUUGGCCCUUCUUACCGCUCAUUAGUCUCUAUGAGCGAAUGGGGCUGUCAGCUGGUGGUGGGCAUCAGGUUGAGUGUCUUCCAGCAGGGUCAGUGCAGUCAGUCACUAACUGCCUUCAAUGGCUGCUUGUUCUGGAGAGUUGGAGAGAGCAGGCUCUCACGCCGGUGCCACCAGUGGCAAAGUUAGCCCGGCUAGCCUGUGUCUUUCUGUGCUCCAGUGACCUCUUCCUGGAGCGGCCUGUGCAAGAGCUUACUUGGGCGUUGUUUCGCAGGCUAACACAGCCAGCUCAGCUUGAGGCGCUGGAUCUGGGCUCACCUCCACCAGGCUUGGCUUCCUUUCAUGACCUGUACUCAGCUCUGCUGGCGCAGUAUGAGGCUGUGUCAUUCGGUGACCCACUCUUUGGUUGCUUCAUGCUUUUGCCUCUACAGCGGCGCUACAGUGUCACCAUGAGGCUGGCUGUGUUCGGAGAACAUGUGGGAAUGUUGCGAUCGCUGGGGGUCCCGCUACAGCAGUUCUGGGCAUCUGGAGCUGUGAGCCAAUUCAUACUGAUAUUUCAUCUGAAAAUACUGUUCACAACAUCUGAUUAUUGGGAGUUGGGAAAGUAAUUUAGUAAAAAUGGUUUGUUUAGGGAGUUGCAGGGAUGCAUGAAAUGAGCUUUUUAUGUACUUUUUUUGCCAUUAAAGUCACAGACUGAGAAACCAGAAUUCCCUUGAUCUUUUGGCAUAUAAGGGGUCAUUGUACUGUAAAAACAUCCUGAUUGUUUCAGAACUCAAAACAUUGUUGUUAGUCUUAAAGCAGCUUGUAUUGAAGGCUUAUGGAAUGUUCUGCUCUAUAGUGGAUACGGAGUCCGGGGAGUGAAUUUCGAGUGGGGGUGUCACUUCACUUCCGGCUAGUUAGGUUUAUUUGGAAAUUAAAGUGAUUUCUAUAUUUUAUUAAUUCAAAACACUACAAAAGCGAGCCCAGAUUCAGUGUUUGUUUCACUCCACAAAUGCGUCUUUUGCCUGCAGACUGCAGCCAAUAGAAAUGUUUCUCUAUCGCAGCGCGUCCUGCUCCUCACAACACAGAUUGUGAAAGCAGACUGCAGUUUUUGUCAUAAAUUGUAAGAGUGUAGAGAGACGAUGUAAAUAAUAGAUUCAGUGUGCAGUGUACUGUAGAGAGCUUUGUUCAUUAAAAUGGAGGUUUGUGAGAUCGCGAUGAAUUAAAGAGGGUAACCGCUUUUAAAUGAUCAUAAAGAGAGUUUGCAAGUGUAAAAUUGAAUUUUACACAACAGUUUUAUACAUUUUUGAUUUUAUUCAAAAGUUAAUAUAAAUUGACGCACAUUUUAGGAACACUGUUGUCUAUUUUGCUCUAUUUCAUCAACAGAAAUAGUUCAAAAACAAAGGCACAGCUGAGGCUCUGUGCAUCUAUAGUCUUUGACACAGCAAUGUUUAGUUUAAGAAUCUUUGCUUUUGAACAAAUCUAGUGAGUCAAUGAUUCAAUGACCCAUUCAUAAAGAGAUUCACUUGCUUCGUUCCUGAAUGAAUCAACCCAUUGAACAAAUCGAUUGAAUGAAUGAUUCAGUGACAAAGAAUAAAUAAGCUUUCCAUUGAUGUAUGGUUUGUUAGGAUCGGACAAUAUUUGGCUGAGAUACAACUAUUUGAAAAUCUGCAGAAAAAAAAAUCUAAAUAUUGAUAAAAUAACCUUUAAAGUUGUUCGAAUUAAGUUCUUAGCAAUGCAUAUUACUAAUAAAAAAAUAAGUUUUGAUAUGUUUAUGGUAAGAAAUUUACAAAAUAUAUUCAUGAAACUUAAUCUUUAUUUAAUAUCCUAAUGGGUUUUGGCAUAAAAGAAAAGUGGAUCAUUUUGACCCAUACAAUGCAUUGCUUGCUAUUGCUGCAAAUAUAACUGUGUGACUUAAGACUGUUUCUGUGGUCCAGGGUCACACAUUAAAAAUAAACUGCAAAUGUUUUUGCAAAGUGUUAACCAUUAAAUAUAAUCUACAAAUCAUUCAAUACUUUACCAGUAAAUAAGAAGUGUUUUGAGGGAACUAAUCUAUCUUUUCUUUUAUUAAACACAGGGGGUUAUUAAUGAUCCUUACAUUAUAACAUGUACAAAUUCACAAACAGCGUAUCUUUAAUUUGGCCAGAAUUGCAGGUGCUGGUCUUAAUAUACAGUUUUGAAUGAUUAAAUGCAUCCGAAAGGUCAUCUAAAAUUACCAUUAUUAACCCCCCAGCCCCCACCCAAGCUACAUUCCCCACAAUGAAUUUUGAACAUUUCCCCCACUGAUUAUAAGUGGACCUCAGGAAACAGUACACAAUAAUAAACAAAGGCAGUUCAAUACCCCUUUAUCAUUCACAAUCUAGAUUUAUAAAGGGAAUAGUUAACCCAAAAUGUACAAUUCUGUUAUCAUUUAUGCACUCAUUUCAAACCUUUACUCACAUUUUAAUCUUUUUUGGAAUGCAUAUUUUUAAUGAAACCUGUUUUAUAUCUUUCCAUUGAUAGUACAUUCCACCAAAACGUUGAUUCUUCAAGUUCAUCAAGAGAUCGUAAACGUAAUCUCAAUCACAGGUUGAUGGAGUGGAGGGAUGAUUACAGAUGUCGUUAUAAAACAGUUGUAGAUACGAGGCAGAGGGGAAGUUAUCAAACCACUUAAAGCGGUCUCC